AGUUCGGGGCUCGAUUAACCUGCCUGCCGUUUGCCCUCGUCCUCGCGGAAAUACUGACGUGUUCUCACAAGUAGCUAGUGUAGCUAGCUAGGUAGAGCCGGGUAGUGACACAGAAGCCGCAUCAGGAUGUCAGAAGGGGACAGUGUUGGGGAGUCAAUCCAUGGGAAACCAUCAGUAGUUGCUGCCUUUUUCACAAGGAUUGGACAGGUCUAUCAAUCAUGGCUUGACAAGUCAACGCCAUUCUCUGCUAUGCGAUGGGCACUCACAGUACUACUUACUCUUGUCUACAUGAUCAGAGUCUACAUCCUACAGGGGUGGUAUAUAGUAACUUACGCGUUGGGAAUUUACCAUCUGAACUUGUUCAUUGCGUUUCUAUCACCAAAAGUGGAUCCCUCACUACUUGACGAAGAUGAGGGCCCAUCCCUUCCUACGAAGCAGAACGAGGAGUUCCGCCCUUUCAUCAGGAGGUUGCCUGAAUUCAAAUUCUGGCACUCUGCGACGAAAGGCAUCGUCAUCGCCAUGAUUUGCACAUUUUUCGAUGCCUUCAACGUGCCGGUGUUCUGGCCUAUCCUUGUAAUGUACUUCAUCAUGCUCUUUUGCAUCACCAUGAAGAGGCAGAUUAAGCAUAUGAUCAAGUACAGAUACCUACCCUUCACACACGGGAAGAGGACAUAUAAAGGCAAGGAAGACACAGGGAAAACUUUUGCUAGUUAAGAGCUCCAAUUUGCCCUUUGACUGUGUCUAAUUUGAAACUUAUCGGUCGCAGCUAGUGGGACGUGGCAGAGAUUAGAGAUUAAAUUUUUCUUUCUUUAAAAGCUGGACAGUAACAUGGAAGCAUCACAUGAAAAAAUACCGUUUUGAUCCAUAGUUCAGUGUUGGAUGAUGAUAUGAGCAGGAUGGAUCAAAGCACUGACCUGCCCGUUUAACUGAUUGGAUGUUGUUUAAUAGUAUAUGAGACUCCGUGCUGCCUUUUGCCUUUUUAUGCUGUUGGUUAAGUUCAGAGACAUCACGAAGAAACUAAAUUUCUUCAUUUUAGGGUCUUUUUUUUUAUUUAUUUUUUUUUGUGAUCCUAAUAUACCAAUUUAUUAUUCCUUUGUUGAUCCAACUUAUUUGUAACAAAUUAAACAGUAAAUUGGCAUUUGGUUAAAUUUUGCUGCAAAACAAUGUGAUUAGAUGUAAAAUCUGGUAAAAAGCCAAAAUAUUCAGUUAUAUUUGUUAUUUGAAAUGUGCUACGUUGAAUAAAAGUGUCAUAGGCAGUCACGGUAUGUAAUAAAUAAAGUUAUAUGGGAGUUUCUUGGUAAAAUUUAUCAAAAAUAUGUUGAUGAUGGGCAGAAAAACAAGAGUGGACAGUUAUAAAAACUGCAUUUGGCACAAAUAAUCCUUGAUUAUUUAUCUCAGAUUGGUCACUAAGGUACUGGAUUUUGUAUAUUUAUAUCACUUACACAGCAAUUGCAAAAAUAAAUGCUUAAAAUGUGUCUUCAAACCCCCAAUAACAAAACUAAAUGUAGAAUUCCAGAAGGACGUUGCUAAUCCCAAAUCUCGUAGUUGGUUUUGUUCCUUAAAUUGGUUCUUUCUACUUGGAUAUUGAUAGACUAACACGUUAGGCAUGGCUGCUGAAGAUUUCUGUAAACAAAGUUGUUUUUAUUUUAAUGUUUAAUCAUUUAGUGGCUAUGUGGGGGAGGGGGUCUAUCUUAAAAAAAAAGAGGCGUAAAUUUGCUUCACCUCAGACUUUUACACCAUUAUAUAAAAAUAGUUCUGAACAGUUUGUCUCUGAAGAUCUAAAAUCAGUAUUACAGUAGAAAUUGAAGGCAUGGUCAGUCGGAGGUCAAAUGAAAGCAAAUAAAUAAUUUCACAUGUUUACUUGUAUGUGUUCUAAUGACUGAGGUUCACUUCAUUUAUGAUGUCCAGCUGUUUUUGAUCUGCAUUUAUUUAGAAAGAAAACAAGUUAAGUAGUCAUUCCAAGCAAACUGUUGUUCUCUUUCUUUUGCAGAGGAAACAUAACAGAGAUUGAGAGCUUUUAAUAAAACAAAUGGAUGCAGUAGAUGGCGAUCAUACCCCUUUCUGUGAACCUUUUGGGUUUUUUCCCCCACAAUGCUGGCAAUCUGUUAUUACGCAACUUUGAUCAACACUGUAGUAAGGGAUCAAAACAUUCUCUUGUAAAAGUCUGUGUUUUAAAGGGUUGUCUGGAUUUGUGUAUAUACAGUAUAUAUAUAUUUUAAAAUAUAAUUUUUGCUUUGAGAUUUUUUUUUCGUCCAACUACUUUACUAUUUACAAGUGUUAAAAUUCAUUCAGUUGUAAUUGAUGAACACAGCCAAAUUGAUUCAUUGGGUUGUAGAGUGGAUAAAUUAAAUGUUUUUCAUGGAUUGCAUGUUAUUUUCUUGUGCUACAGUUAAAAAGAAGAACUUGAUUUAAAAAAAGAUUAAGUGUAAUUUCUUUUUUCACUCCAAAUGCUAUUAAAGAGGCUGUGUCCCUUCGGAACAGUACAUAAA